ACACCACUUUCAUGACGACUUGGAUGUCCCAGCCAUGGAUGUGAGGGAGGGCUUGCCCUUUCCUCGCAGAGUUUGCUCCACCUGUGCCCGCGACGGCGCUUCACGAGGGGGUCGAGCUCGUCCCAGUGAGCGCCAACCGGAGAUCGCCUCACGGGGGAACUCCUCCCGCGACCGGCCGCACCUGCAACCGGCGUCACUGUCCGGACCUGCGAGCGCCAAGGCGUCCCGUCGAGGAAACUGCGCCGGAACGGCGUCAUUGGGAAGCUUUGGACACGUGGUGUUGCCACAGGCAGAACAGGCUGAGAGCAUUGCAAGCAUUCAGCUCCAGCACAUCCAGCAGAUGGCCAUAACGUGUGAAGAUGCUGUGCGGCGAAUCGAUGCACUUUAUGUGGCCACUCGGGACCUUUUGAAGGAGCUUCACCCGCUGAACAGUGGACCUGAGGACGCAGGUUUCCACUCGAGCAGAACUCAGAGAGAAUUGGAAAACCUUCCACCACUGCCAAGACGAUCUCGUGAGGAGACGGCGCCUGCGGAGCCUGUGGAGCCUGCGGAGCCUGCGGAGCCGGAGCUCUUCUCGGAGCCGGAGCUGUUCUUGGAGCCUCCCAGUGUCUCUAGCCCAAGCUGCAUGCCAGAGUUGCCGACGGGACGCACCGAAGCCAUCAAAAAGGCGGUAGUUGGUUCCCAGAAUGAUCAGACUUGUGUCGAGGGGAAAGCGAACACAGAGGAGAGUUUCACUGACCUAGUUUCUUGUCUAUCCAUUCUAUCAUCACACACGCCGGCGCCCAUGGGCACACGAAGUGUGAUGCUGCCAUGCGGCCAAUACAUUGACCUGGACAUUUUCUCUUCACAGUUCAGUUCAACUGCAGCUGCCAACCGAAGCCUACGAAGCAACAUUGCCGAAAAGAUGCGGUCAGGAGAGCUCUAUCAAACGAUCCUGCGCCAAUUGCUCAUAUGCCAAGAGAAACUAGAUAGAGUUCAAGAAAUUGAUCGUUCAAAAGACACCUUCAAGGAAGCAAGGAAGUCAAAGUUCGAAGACACCUUUCCCUCGGCUACGGCUGGCUAUGCCGCCGGCUAUGCCGGUGGCUAUUCCGCCGAUUCCGUCCGGACUCCCGUUGGGAACGGGCUUCGCUGGUCCCAUGGAGAGCUGCGGGACUUUGUCCGGCAAAGUUUUACGGAGUUGGGACUUUUGGUUUCUCCUCCGGAGUCUUUGAUCUAUGAGGUUUAUGCGAGCUACUUUGAUCCAGAGCUCCAUUUGUCGUCGUUGACGCCCCUGCAGUCCAUUUCUUUCUUGGAAGUCUUGCUGCGUGCGACCUUCCACACCUGCCACACCGAGAUCAAACCUGCUCUCAGUGCUGCUUCGACCUCUGGUGCUUCUUUACAGCGUUUGCAUUCCACUCUGGAGUCCGAGAAGCAUAGCCAUUUGCACUCCUCACAGAUCUCCACUUCGGAAACCCAUCCGACAAGCCUGGCACAGCGCUGGGUGAAUUCCUAUGUGCCUUUGCCAGUGGAUGGAACGGUGAGCAUUGCAUAUUCCACGGGCGUCGUCAUCCAAUUCGCUGCUUUCACCUCCUUGCUACAAAAUCUCGCAGACGAAAUGAAUGAGAAGACCGGAGAGAAGGACGGAGUGCACACAAAAGACUCCAGUUCAAGGAGAACACACUUGCUGAGUAGGAUUUCGAGCUGCCAGCUUUUGAAGCGUGGGCUAGACGUCUUUCAAAUGUUUGACGCGGGAUCAGGAUAUUUGGGCUGGUCCAACAAUGAACUGACAAAUUUUGUUUCAGCAGUUUUUGAAGAAGAAGAUUUGACUCCUCCCUCUGUUGAACAGGUGGCACCCUUUUUUGAAAAGUUUGCGCAAGGCAAUACGAAGCUAAACACUUCGGAAUCUCUUUGCCUAGUGGAUGCCAUGUUCCGUGCGAUCUUGCACUCUGGAAGCCCAGCAAGAUGACUAUGCAUAGUUUUCAGCCAGAAUUGUCGAGGAACGAUUCGACCAAUUUGGUGCUGUGAAGAGGCCUGGAGACGCUUAGUCUUGUCUCCAACGCUAGAAUGGCGACUAGAAUGGCGUUUGUGCAAGGAUGCGCAAAUUGAAA